AUGCGGUUUGAUUUGUGUAUACUUGGAGGUAUGGGAUUUAACACGCGGUUAGAUUCGUGUAUACUUGGAGGUAUGGGAUUUAACACGCGGUUAGAUUCGUGUAUACUUGGAGGUAUGGGAUUUAACACGCGGUUAGAUUCGUGUAUACUUGGAGGUAUGGGGUUUAACACGCGGUUAGAUUCGUGUAUACUUGGAGGUAUGGGAUUUAACACGCGGUUAGAUUCGUGUAUACUUGGAGGUAUGGGGUUUAACACGCGGUUAGAUUCGUGUAUACUUGGAGGUAUGGGAUUUAACACGCGGUUAGAUUCGUGUAUACUUGGAGGUAUGGGAUUUAACACGCGGUUAGAUUCGUGUAUACUUGGAGGUAUGGGGUUUAACACGCGGUUAGAUUCGUGUAUAGUUGGAGGUAUGGGGUUUAACACGCGGUUAGAUUCGUGUAUAGUUGGAGGUAUGGGGUUUAACACGCGGUUAGAUUCGUGUAUACUUGGAGGUAUGGGAUUUAACACGCGGUUAGAUUCGUGUAUACUUGGAGGUAUGGGAUUUAACACGCGGUUAGAUUCGUGUAUACUUGGAGGUAUGGGAUUUAACACGCGGUUAGAUUCGUGUAUACUUGGAGGUAUGGGAUUUAACACGCGGUUAGAUUCGUGUAUACUUGGAGGUAUGGGGUUUAACACGCGGUUAGAUUCGUGUAUACUUGGAGGUAUGGGAUUUAACACGCGGUUAGAUUCGUGUAUACUUGGAGGUAUGGGAUUUAACACGCGGUUAGAUUAG